UUGUAUUGGGCUCAUUGGCUAUCAUAUUCACUAUUAUGAUUCUAAAGGCCGGGUGCACUGUUAUUGCAUUUACUAGAUGGGGUUUUUUGACAGGAAUAUGUGUAACAGUGACUGGAAUAUUGGGAUGUUUAUCUGGUUAUACGAAGAAUAAAGGCACAAUCAUCGGUAACAUGGUAAUGUCUAUUAUAGUAGCUAUAUUGGCUGGCGGAGCAUUGGUCGUAAAUUCUUUUGGUGUUGGUGCCCAGCAAAGAUGCAACUUUGAUAUUUUGCUAUUAUUUACAUAUUUAUGUGAUAAUGACCGUUAUGCAACCUGUGUUGCAUCAUAUAGUAUCAAUUUGAUUGCAUCGUUUGGAGCCGCCAUCAUUGCAAUCAUCGCUGCAUGUGUAUGUGGUCGUGCUGUUUGUAUUCGCGGAGUACAACAGACAGUAGUGGUUAAUUCGCCGCCACCUGCAACAAUGCAAGUCCAAGUCCAGCACACAUCUGGCUAUAAUUAUCCGCCCCAGCAGCAACCACAACCCACCAUGAUGAUGAUGCCACAGGUACAGGUUACUCAACAAACUCAACCCCAGCCAGUGUUUCAACAACAAGCACAAGACUUCCGACAACAACAGCCACCACAGCAUAAUGUUGGAGCUAGGAAUGUGGUAGGGUCCCCAUCUCCUCCACCGUCUUACUCCAGCACUGACAGCAAUGCAUAUGUUGCUGAUACCCAGAAAGUGCCUUUGUUACAGUAAAUUUGGAAGUCGUGCGAAGACAUUAAAUAUUCAUUGUAUUUUAACUCAUUCAAAAUUAGAUCACAGGAAACAAUUUAGCAACAACGCAGCUAACACAUCGACAUUUCCCUGGGUGAAAAGAAAAAUUGAAUUUAGAAGCUAAUUUGAUUACCCCAGCUUUUCUCAAAUCACAAUUGAAAAUCUAUUUGAUUAAUAAAACAGUACAAACCAAGCCCAGUUAAAUUAUGUUUGAAAUCGAAAUAUAGUGAAUAUUAAUGAACUUCACAAAUAUUAUGGCUUUUAUGCGUGACAUUUGUUACUCAAUCGCCUCAGUCGUCAUUUGCAUAUCGUGAAAAAUGCUUUGACACUAGUGUGUUCACCAGUGUGUAUUGAAUAUUUCAUUAUAUUGUAAAUAUAACCAAGAAAAAAUAGUAUAUUCAGAUAUUUUAUAACUUUCUACUGAUUCCGAGGAAAGUAUUUUGUUGAACGUAACAUAAGUGGUAGUAAAUUGAUUAACGAGUGUGUGUAUCACUCCACUAGUCUUUAUAUUACUCCCGGGAGUAUUAUUGUGAACUUAUUCCUUUACAAAACUUAACAUUCAUUAUAAUUUAUAUUCCAGAGUGGUUUCUCGUUAAUAUACAUAUGACAUUUGACACAAAUGUAACUGCUUCAGUGCUUUUCUUCAUGCAUGCAAAACUUUGAAGAUUUUGUAUUUCUAAAAUUGUUGGUGCAACAUUAUCCACAUUUGUAUGGAUGAUGAAUUGAUUUGUUAUAGGCUCAACUGGGCAUACAAGUCUUGAUAAACAUUUUUGAAACAUCCUGGAAAAAUAUGUUUAUUUUGUGAGAGGUCAAAAUUAUAUACUGAUAUUUCUUAUGUUUAUUGUUGUAUUUGAACUACUUAGUAGCGUAAAUAUGUAUGAAUUGCAGGAAAUAUGGUUUAUAUUUCAAACUGCCACGGUAUGAAGCAAUGCGAAAUGAGGACGAAUCCUGUGAAUUUCCGUAUAUUCAUAUAAUCAAAUGCUUUACGCAAUAGUUCUAAACACCAAUAAUCAUCUUUUGUAUGCACAUUUAUUAAUGUAAUGCAUAUAUUUUAUGAUAUGUAGUUUACUUCGAGAAGACUAAGUGAUUUGUUUGCUUGGUGUUGGGUUUUAUACUUAAGGUAGCAGGAUAGUUUUUUUGCAUGAAAAAUGUAAACACCUAUAAUCGGAAUAAAUUUUACAAGAAACCAUACAAUCUA